AUGACAUUCGCCAGCGCCAUCUCCACAGCUGAUAGAACCGCCCACGCUAUUCUCGGUUCCGAUACCGACCCCGCCAACGGUACCACCUCCAGCCAGCUCGAUGCCUACCGCAUCGGCAGCCUCCGUUUCACUUGGAACGCCAUGAACGCUGGACAAUGGGGAGAUGCGGGCGGUGUCAGCGGUGCUGCCGCGGCUGGCAAGGACCCUGCCUCCGCCUCCUCUGCUCACUCUCAGCAGCCCGCGCGGAUCCUCGUGGUGGACAUCCACCCCCCUCAUUGGGCCCACACUUGCCACAAGCUUUGCGAAGCACUGGAAAACGUCUUCUCUCUGGCCUGCAGCUUGGCAGGACCUUCCCGCAUCCCGCUGUUCAGCCUCUACGUGGCCCAGAACCACCAGGAGUGCCUGCUGCCCUUUGUGGUGAGGGGGGGCUUUUCUCGGCUCCAGAGUUGCAUCGCGAAGCUGCGAGCCUUGCCGACAGAAGGGGGGUUCCGGCCAAAGGAGGACGCGGUGAGCCGGGCAGUGCAGGACGGGCUCCAGCAGUUCAAGCAGUACACCGGGAAAGGCAUGGCAGGCGCUUCCCUGAGCAGGGCUGCUGUGGAGAUCACGGUCCUGACCAGCCAGCUCAGCGCACAGAUGGCCAAGCAGCUGGAGGCUGGGCUACAGGACACUGACCUGGUCAGCCUCCGGCAGUUGCAGCUGGUUGAGCUCACCAGGGGGGGAGUCCAGGAGCAGUCUGACCAGGGCUCUCCUUCCCUUGCAGAGAGCACCGCCGCCGCCGCCAUCCUGGGCACAGACAUUGACCUCCAGACCGUGGAGGAUGACGUGGUGGCCUUGGAGAUGUUCUUCAAAGCCUGGUUCCAUGACCAGGGCACCAAUCAAGAGCACCUCCACCUCCUCCUGCCCUCUGGAGCCAUCGCCCAUGAAAGUGCAGGGAGGAGGGGUUCAGUGUGUGUAAAAUGCGAUGUCCAGGAGAGGCUACUCAGCCCUGCUCUGCUACCUGCAGCCUGCAGCGAUGGCACAGCAAGAGUGGGCGAUGCCAGCGGUCCCUUCUGGAUGGCCCCUGGCCAAGUCCGGGCCCCUCGCAAGCUCAGAGUCCUCAGGGCUCUGAAGGCUGGCGGGCUGUGCGAGUCGGUGCUUUUCGGGCUCCCGCUGGUUGUCAGGCCCACAAGCUGCUGGCAGCUGAACUGGGAUGAACUGGAGGCCAACCAGCAGACUUUCCAAGCCCUCUGCCAUUGCCUGGUGGUGAGUCUGGGGGCAGGAGAGGCUGCAGCAGGCCACCGGAGCAGAGCGGCUUUAGGGCAACUGGCGCUGCAAGGGGGCAGCCCCACAGCAAUCGCACUGGGGCCCUGCAGCACAGAGCGAGCCAUCCGCAAGACCGGGCUGCUCCCUCGGGGCUGGGGGGUGGGAAACGGGAGUUGCUGCUUCUCACCCAGUAUGAGCCCCACGGGGGGGGGGGGGGCAGGUGGCCCCAGCUGGGGCUCCUGGGCCACCACCUACCAGGUCCUCCUGCCCUUGGGCUCCGGCUCGCUGCUGCUCCGCUCCGUGGCAGCCCGAGAGCUCCUCCUGCCGUGCAGCGUCCCUCUGCCUCCUGCUGACCCUGCAGCCGCCACUCUCAGCGAAAUGGAGGGCAUCCUUGACAGUUUGGAUGUGGAACUGGCCUACAACCCCCUGAGUGCCACAACUCACCUCUACCGAGCCCUGAGGAGCAGCCUGAUCCGACCCGUUGCCUCCCAGCCUCAGCGGCCGGCAGAACGGCCCUCGCCUCGCCAGCAAGGCAGCCGUUCGCACCCAAGCAAGGCCCGGGCCACCGUGGCCCCCCUCCGCAUGGCUCUCCCCACGGCUAGGCUCGGGGCCCCUCUUUUCUCCAGCGAGGAGGAUGAGUUCCUGGAAUCCACGUAG